AUGACCGGUUUUCACCACAAACGAACUACAGUCUACAAUCCAGCUUGUAAUGGUCUUGUUGAACGAUUUCACAGGCAACUUAAAACUUCAAUGAUGUGCCAUGCAAAAAGUUCUUGGACGGAAUCACUUCCGUGGGUACUAUUAGGUAUUCGAAGUUCUUUUAAGGAAGACUUACAAGCUUCUCCAGCAGAUCUUAUUUAUGGAGAGCCGAUAAGACUGCCUGGUGAAUUUUUCGAUCGUUCUUCAGAAGGAUCGACCGAUGUAACAGAUUUUCUUGCACGUUUAUGUACAUUUGCAGAGAAAAUUAAACUCAUUGCUGCUUCACGUCACAGAAGUGACAAAAUAUUUAUUUUUAAUGAUUUAGCCACUACCAAUUACGUUUUCCUCCGAGAAGACGCUUUGCGUAGUUCUCUUCAGCCAGCAUAUACAGGUCCAUAUCUUGUAACACAUAGAGGUGAUAAAAUUUUUAAAUUGCUUGUAAAGGGUAAAGAAGAUACUGUGUCUAUCGAUAGGCUUUAA